AUGACAACCAUACAUAAUAUCCCUCCCGAGGUCCUCAAGACGAUAUUUGAACAUGCCACAACCUAUGUGGACAAGGAAAAGUGUCAAGAACUCGCUGAUCGCGUCAUCUCCGUAUGCCAACGGUGGAAAACCGUCGGCCUCGAGACUCCCGCCUUGUGGGCCACCAUCUACGUGACAUUGGAUUAUGAUCAUUCGGACUACGGCUUCAUUCAAACAUCGCUCGCCCGGUCUGGUCACCAUAAGCUGGACAUCAACCUUUGGAUUUUACAUUCACAUCUCCCUUCAAACGGGAGCGUUGAGAGCUGGAUUUCAAAAGUGAUGGAGCUACUCCUGCCACACAUGAAGCGAUGGAAAUCGCUUUACAUGUACGUCUCGCUGUCUGACCUCGCUGCCAUCGCAACUGCAUCUUGGACGGGCACCGCUGUUGCCCUGCAGGCACUGCAAAUCGAAUCUUCCGGAGCCGAUCAGGGCAUUCCCGAUGUAUGUUCAUUCUCUCUCCCCGCAACGUUUUCUGCACCCAACCUUCGACUUUAUUCCCUGCAAAGUAUGGACUGCGUAGAAGUCCAAGACGCGAUAAACAUGCCCAAGGCGUUUCCUGCUUUGCGGAUCCUCAGGAUUUGCCGGAGAACCUUUAAAUGGAUUGACACCAUGGAGAUGAUGCAGUUGUUGCACCAUUUGCCCUCUCUGCAGCUGCUCAGUCUCGACGGUCCCAUGCUCGACCAAGAGGAUCCAGACCCCGCAGACGCCAUCGAGAACCCGCCAUGCCUUCGCGCGCUCCGUGAGCUUGAAUUCACAUUUGUGGGUGCCUACGACGUCGCAACAUCUCUCCGUGCUUUCGAUGCCCCACUCCUUGAGAAGUUGACCAUCGGGGGGUGCCACAGUGAGGACUUGUCAGAGGGGUUGAUGAGAAUCGAAGCCCAACUAGCACGCUUCCCUUCACUGCACAUUCUUAACCACGGCCACAAUCACUACAACGGAGAGCAGACCUUCAGCAUGAAGCAGACAUGCACCUGCUUCAGUACAUUUCGACAAUUUGACCUCGGCGACGUCUCGCUGCUCGAUGUUCUCAGCUGCCUCGCCAAAGAACAGCCAGAAGGAUGGUACUUACCCACUCUGACCUCGCUCGAGCUCCGGUCUGGCCGUGAGCAUGCGACAAGCUACGUUGGCCUACUGCGCGAUCUCGUGGAGGCACGCCAGGGCGCACAAUUAGCCACAGGUGAAGCCUCAGCUACCCGGCAUCCACUCGCCCUGGAAGAGAUCACCGUGCACGCGUGGUGUGACAUAUCUGAGGAAGAGCGCUCUUGGUUCAAGGAGAGACUGCAGACCUUUAAAUGGGACCCGGAUUUGAGUGAAGAUAGACAAAUGCCGAGUUCCGUGGCCAUGUGUUGUGCUCCUGCACGUAAAUAA